UAUUCUGCAAUUCAAGGAGUCAAUUACCAACCACUGGCUACCAUGUCUGAAGCAUAUGCAAGAAUGAGUAAUGACCAAAAAAUGGAAGACAAGAUGCUCAAGUACCAUCAAUAUGUUGCUUCAGCAAUAUUCAGACCUUUGGAUAUCCUGGCACAUGAAAUCAGUACUGAAUUCGACAACCCAAAUGUUUACAAAUAUUUGCAAAUCAUUAAAGACAUUGGACAUUUAGUUUUGCAUACUAAUUAUGAUUUGACAAAUUCUAGAAAAAACAUUGCUGCUCUAUACAAACAUAGAUAUGCAAUAUUCAGAUACGCAUUACACUUAUGACCAUCUUUACAAAACAUAUGCUAAGCAACAAAUACGCAU